CUUUAAUCUGACAAUAACUCACCUGGAAGAUACCCCCAACCAAAGAAAAAGAGGAGUUUUCUUCGUGAACAAUGCCACCAUUAUUAUUACAGAUAAUUUAAAGAAAUUAAAUAAAAUGAAAACUUCAAUCUCGAUGCCAAUUACCGAAAUCUGAUGAUGAAACCCAUCUCGUCAUCAUCAUCGAGUUCCAAUUGUUUUCAUCAUAAUACUAAUAUACAUACGGGUCCCUUUUCAUCUCCAUCCAGGUGUUGUUCUUGAAGACUUUUUUUGUCAAUUUGCCAGAAAAUUCUUACCAGUCUAAUCCAAUCAUUAGCCCCCUCCCUAGUCCACCACCCUCAUUACAAACACUUGAUUUAAUUUUGCUUUCAAACCCACAAAAAAAUGGCCGUCCUUCCAAUCCAUCCCAAUUUCCCAUCUGCCAAAACCCUCCCUUUUCCCAUGCAAGAUUGCUUCUUUAUCGGUUCUGUGUAAAAAUUCAUUUGAUUUUGUAUUAAGGGUUAAGGAAAGAAAUGGCGAUUGUGACGGGGGACAGAUAUUUGGAGUCACUGGUUAAGUAUGUGGAGAACAACGCGGAGGCAUUGAUUGAAGGAACCCUUGUUCUGAAAUUGAAUCCUGUGGGGUUAAGGUACGUUCAAUCCAGGUUGGAGGCCUUGGCGGAGCUUGAGAGCUUGCUUUCCGGUGCGCCGGUGGACUAUCUCCGAGCUUAUGUUUCCGACUUAGGUGAUCACCGAGCUCUUGAGCAGCUCCGGCGGAUCCUCCGCCUUCUUCCUUCUCUUAAGGUGGUUUCUGUGCUUCCUCCGCCAGCUAGGGAUCCUACUCCUUUGAAUCUAUUGCCGUUUGGGAGAUUGAAGGUUUUGGAGCUCCGAGGUUGUGAUUUAUCGACUUCGGCUGCGAGAGGGUUGCUGGAAUUGAGACACACUUUGGAGAAAUUGAUCUGCCAUAACUCAACCGAUGCAUUACGACAUAUUUUUGCUAGCAGAAUAAAAGAGAUAAAGAAUUCUCCACAGUGGAAUCGGUUAUCAUUCGUCUCUUGUGCCUACAAUGGACUUCUUCUUAUGGAUGACUCUUUGCAGCUUCUUCCUGCAGUUGAAACCCUUGAUCUGAGCAGGAACAAGUUCACUAAGUUGGACAAUCUUCGGAAGUGUGCAAAAUUAAAACUCUUGGACCUUGGGUUCAAUCAUCUGAGAACUGUUGCCUCAUUUAGUGAGGUAUCUUGCCAGAUUGUGAAGCUUAUAUUGAGGAACAAUGCUCUUACGACAUUGCAUGGGAUUCAAAAUCUGAAGUCACUUGAGGGUCUUGAUGUUUCUUACAACAUGAUUUCUAGUUUCUCAGAGAUUGAGAUCCUAGCUGUUCUUCCAUCUCUUCAGAAUUUGUUGUUGCAAGGGAAUCCUAUAUGUUUUGCACGAUGGUAUCGAGCAAAAGUUUUCAGUUAUUUUUCAUUCGCCAGUAAUUUGAUUCUAGAUGAGAAGAAAAUAUCUAGUAGAGAGUUUUGGAAGCGGCAAAUUAUUGUUGCUGGUCGGCAGCAGCGGCCUGCUAGCUUUGGAUUCUAUGCACCAGCAAGAGAAGAUGCUGAAGCUGGUGGAAAUUUCAACAUGAAGAGGAAGAGGACGUCUCGUUUGGUUAGUAUUGAGAGUGAGGAUCAGAGUAUGGGCAUGUGCUCUGGCCAAAACUCAGUGAUAGGUGAUAGUGAUGAUCAAAGCAGGAAACAUGAGGCGGAUACGGACGAGGAAGCUGAAAUUGCGGAUUUGAUGAACAGAAUUGAAAACAUGAAAAAAGAACGCUCUGCUUUAUGGCUGCAGGAGUUCAAGGAAUGGAUGUCCCCUGCUUUUGAAAGUUCUGAUACUGGAAAGUUCAAAUGGGCUAAUUGCUGUGCAAACGGGAAAGUGAAUGUGAAUGGUGAUAUGAGAGAAAAGUAUCCGGGUGAGACAUCGAGAUGUAUGUCAGAUUCUCUGUACUUUUCUGGAGAUGAUAGUAGUACCAAUAACUUGGAAUCUGAUAACUCGUUUGCUGAUACAUCAAUGGGCUUGAAUGCUUGCAUCUCACUUGAUCAUAUUGAUGAAGUAGCUUCAAAAUUGUUGCGGCUCAAUAACAGGGAUUCCUUAACUGUUAUGGGAAGGUUCCAUAGGAAUAAGGAAAAUCUGACACAUUUAACUAAUGAAGGUCAGCAGUCUUCAGAAAGCAGAAACUUACAAGUUGGCAUGACAAGACCCUCCACUGCUUCUAAAGAGGUGGUGGCGCGUUAUUCAUCUUCAAUUACUCCAGGUUCACCUCCUCACUAUCAAAAGGAUAUUUUGCAUCGAAGGCACAACUUAGAAGAAGAGUUCCUACAGUUAUCCGCCGAAUCCCUUUCACUUGCAUCAUCUGACAGCGAUACUAGCUGUAGUGAGGAUGAGUCGGCUGAAUUUGGUUCAUUCAUGCCUCAGGUUGAUCAAUCGCUGAUUGGUAACUUCAGUGAGAGAAGUGUGGAUAAUUUGUCAGCUGCACGUUGCUCGGAUCAUGUGCAUUAUGGUGGUGACCAAGCUGUUUCCCCACCUAAUGGUAUGCAUACUGGUGGUAGUAGUGGGAAUCCUGGUGUAAAGAGCCCAAAUAGUCGGCUGGAGAGAAAGAUUCGUAAAAGGAGAUCGAUAAGAAGAAUCGUUUCAUUAGCAGAAGAGGACAACAAUGAUUUUGAGUCGAAUGGGGAUUGGGAGAUAUGCAGGGAUGAAAUUGUAAAAAUGUGCCAGCACGGAGAUGUCUUGAAAUCUGUUGAGGUGGGUACCCAGAAAGCGACAAUUGAUGCAUUUACAGCCAAAGAAUCUGGUGUCACUGCUUCUGGAAAUGAGUUGCAAGAAAGAGUCAUGGCCUUUUUGAACUCAGAUACUGUGAAUGUUGGAGCUCCUGAAACUAGCGAUCGACUUGUUUGUUGCAAAUGCAUGCUUCUGGAGAAAUCUCAGUGGGUGGAAAUGGAUGUAGCUGUAUUCAGCAGCAAAAACAAGCUUCAUGUACUACUUAUUGGUGGCAAAUAUGACGGGUCAGUGAUGGGCAUAAAGUUACUGCAUUCUUAUGAAAUUGGAGAUGUGAUAGAGGUUCUUGUUGGUUUGGGGCUUGAGAUGAUCAGGCUAGUUUGUCAACCUACCAUCUUUGUAAGGAUAUUUUCUUUCUGUAUUCUUAGCAUUUGCUAUUACCAUUCGUGUUACAGGAUCCAGUGCAAGGACCUUCCGUAUUUGUUUGUUAAGCUGGGUGUAGAGAGAUCCAUAAACUUGUUGUCUUUAUUAGAUUCGUUUGAUUCAUCCCUUACGCAGGACAACUGCAGAAGCCUUGAGCAAAUUCAAGUUGAUAUUUUUGCUGGGCAAAUGUUUGGAGGUUCAACAAUGAACAUUUUUCAGUAUUCGAUGGUACUAUUUUGGCAUAGCCAUUUGCCAGAGAAUCUUUGGUUUUCGAGAUCUCUGUUUGUUCUCAAGUGGCAGCUAAUUGUGUGCAUUGAAGACUUGAAAGAGUUUGGCAAUCUCCUAGAUGAGAAAUCUAGGUCUUCGUAUUUUGUCAUGGAUAGAUUUUGUUCUAUCACCAACAUAUCUGAGAUGGUAAUCUCUGACACUCACCACCUGUUUUUCAUGUUAUUCGUUGUGUUUGUAGUUUGAAAAAUGCGUCAUUUACUGUUUACUUCAUGUUUCUCUUUCUGUUGUCUUUGCGGCCUAGCUCCUUUGUGAUUUGGUUGAACUUGUCAUCAUUAAAGUCAGGGUAAUUGAUCAACUACACAGCUUUGAAUAAAAUGAUAUUCUUACAAGAGAUGAGAAUCUAGAAGAGUAACUUACAAGAGUAACUUACAAAAAUUAUGAUGAUUGGUGAUUAUCAUUUGUGCGUUUGCGAGAUAUACAUUGUGUAACAAAUCUGGCAGUUAUAUAAGCUUCUCUAUGGAUUUAGAUGAGCCAUGUUUGUAACUUUUCUUCAUUGAUCGUCUUAAGGUCAUUGAUAACAAGGACAAGGAGGGGGCUCUGACCUUGGCUCUAGAGUGUACACCACCAGACAGGCGAUCCCGAGGGAAGUGGGGUUGGAAAGAUAAAACUCCUGUGGUUACAUGGAAGCUUAAAUGGUUCUCUGAAGAAAACAUGUGCAAGUUUGUGGCUCUGUUAAAGGCAAUUCACAGUGAAGUAUCAGCCACACCUCUUCAAGUUCGAUGCGUAUGAUCUAGAGAGAAAUGAUGACUUCACUUUUUUCUUUUGUAUUCAGUUUCACAUUCUUUUCAUUCUUUUGGUCAGGGGUUGGUUCUCCAGCUCCUUUCCCAGUUUUGGUUCACUUGAUUUAUUAAUUUCAGAUUUAGUGUACCUUCUCUUGUUAGUGUUUUGUGAUGUAAAUGAGUGUACAGAUGUAAUGUUAUGUCGAAUAGUGCGCCGCUAGGUCCUUGCUGUUCAUGUACAUAUUGUUCUCAGGUAAAAGAAAAGAAGUUCUUGGGGUUUCAGUUAUGUCCCCAGUUCAUGCAUACAUGCUACAUCGCAUACAUAGGAAAGCAGAAGUUCGAACUGUUUUUUGUCCAAAAAAUUUCCUUCCAAUAAUUUGAUAGUAUUGGCAAGAGCAAAUCCCCAACGUUCCAAUUACACAACAGAACUUUUAGGGCACUGCCAAAUAAAAGUAAAUUAUUGUAUAAAGCCUACCACACAUCUUAGAAGUGUUGAUCAGAAAUGACAAAAUUAUACGCUGACUAGACAAUCUUAGAGUGCAGCGACACAUGUAUGUUAACUAAAGCCACAUCACUAGGAAAAGCCAAAUCAGAGUUCCUCACAAGGAAAGUAAUCAUCUAUCUCCGGCGCUUAGAUUUGAGUCGCUUAAAAGCCAUGAAUGAUACAGCAGCAGAAAGCGAGUACCUUCACAAGGAUUCAGUAAAAAGAAACAAUAAGAAGAUGAAUUAGAAGCAGAUAAAUGUGGAUAACAAUUAAACUAAAGUCAACUACAGUCAGCUAUUUCAGCACUACUAUCCGAAAAAAUUUACUCAGUCCUUAAGAAAACAUACGUACGAGUAUGAUAAACCUGUUGCUAUGCCUUUUGGUGAUAUCAUGUUCCAAUCAGAGCUUUGCUAAAUUUUUAGUUACAAUAAUUAAUAAUUACAUUUUUAAAAGAUCUCCAGGGAAUUAACCCAAAAAAGAUCUGUGUAGGAAAUCAAGAGUAAGCUGAUCAGCAGAAAAACCUCUAUGUUAACAUCAAAAUUCAAAACCUUUUCAAACCCAAAUUUUAGAUGUUCAACCACAUUUUUCAGGAAGCUAUUUCAAAAUUCUGAAUAGAUGCUUACUGCAAAAAUUCAAGAGAAAAUAUAAAAUAACAACAUUGAAGAUAAAUCACAAAGGCGAAUUUGGAAUUACAAAGAGGAGCUGAACGUACCAGGUCAAUGUAUAGUUAAGAUGGUCCUGAGGCAUGACCGAACUGCGUAUCAAUGUAUUAACAUCCUUCGGCACAGGGUAGGGGCAGCUAGGAUCAAUAUUUUCAUUAAUGUCUUCAAUGUAUAUUGUAUUCUCGGGCAGACCACAGGUACGAGCUAUGGCAGGAACAUCAACAUAAAACCACUGGGAGGAACUAGGGUCAUUUGCUGGAACAAAUAUACUUGGCUUCUCACUGCCACGAAUAACUCCAAUCACUUCCACUGGGUUAACAGUUUGUACUUCCUCCUGUUAACUUCAAUACAGUACCAUUUAGAUUUUCAUCAUAAGCAUCAUAUAUUACUGGACAAAGUCAACAUGGAGAUAAAGGAGACAACCUGAUUAGAUUUUUCCUCUUUAGACCAAAACCUCCACCAAGAGGUUUUAGUUUUCUCUUGACGAGGGGAAACAGGUGAAGGUUGUCUAUCGUCUCCACUGGCUUCCAUUGACUUAUCUCUCCAAGCUCGGGGUACCCAACCCCUAUUUACCAGAAUUGGCAACUGCACACUGAAGAAGAACUUUAACCAUACGGCAAAUGAAACUUGAGUAACUAUUCUAAUUUAGACCAAAAGGGAGGCAACUGGACCAUACAGUCAGUAAGACAAACAACACACACAAGAUACAAGAAACUGAGAUAUGAUCCAUUGCAAAGAGCAAAAAUAACCACAGAAAUUGCAGUAAACAUUUUAUGUUACUAAUUUACACAAGGAGUCGGACAAUGAACUUAAUGUUAAUCACCAAUCUUACCUCUCAGGGUUAUCAGAUACAGGCGAAAGUGGAGUGAUGAGGUAGUAUCCAUUUUCAGUCACACCAGAAAUGUUUCU